UAUCCGCUGGAAGGUUAUGUAGUGCGCAUGCGCUUCGCUGAAGGUUUGCGAACAUGGCGGCGCUGAUCGGAGGUCGCUGGGUUUUCGGCAAAAGCAGAGGGCAAACCGUUUAUCAGUUACUUUCCACAAGACCAGCCUCUAGUGCCUCUCAGAAGGUGCUCCCCGGACCCUAUCCUCGCACCGCAGAAGAACGAGCGGCUGCUGCAAAGAAAUACAACUUGAGACUGGAGGACUAUCAACCGUACCCUGAUGAUGGACGCGGCUAUGGUGAUUACCCGAUGCUGCCAGACCGCUCCCAGCAUGAGCGAGAUCCCUGGUACCAGUGGGACCAUCCAGACUUGCGGAGGAACUGGGGAGAACCGAUCCACUAUGAAUUUGACAUGUACAUCAGAAACAGAGUGGAUACGUCCCCCAGUCCUGUUGACUGGUCCACCAUGUGCAAGCGCUUCUUUGGCUUCUUCACCUUCAUGAUGGUCAUGUUUGGCUUGGGGGAGGUGUUCCCUGCCUACCAACCUGUAGCCCCAAAGCAGUAUCCCUACAACAACCUUUAUCUGGAACAUGGUGGAGAUCCAGAGAAACAGUCAGAACCUGUUAAACAUUAUGAGAUCUAAGAUAUUGUCUUGUUUUACUUAUGUAAUGUGCAUAAUAAAUUUAAAGCUGAAACUUU